GGACAUUUAAAAGGCGUCCCUCCAGACGAGCAGAGCCCGAGCGAUCCUCUUCCUUCGCGCUCGCUUCCCCCUCUACGUCUCUGUAAGGAUCUCUUAACCUUCCUCUAUUUUUUUCUUCUUUUUGGUUGACUUGUCUAUCUGCAGAAACAUGACUGCAGUAUACCCCGAUGGCCGCCAAGAAACGCGUGUAGAGGGCUACACCAAGUUCUGGCAAAAGGACCUCAAGCACGAGGCCGAAGCCGACAACCAAAAUCGUCUUGACAGUUAUACUGAUGUUGUGAAUGGGUACUAUGAUGGUGCGACGGAGUUGUAUGAGUACGGCUGGGCACAGUCGUUCCACUUCUCGCGUUUCUACAAGGGCGAGGGUUUCGCUGCAUCCUUGGCUCGCCAUGAACACUAUCUCGCCUCUCACAUGGGUCUUCGGGCCGGUAUGAGAGUGCUGGAUGUUGGCUGUGGUGUUGGUGGACCGGCACGCGAAAUUGCCCGUUUUUCCGACGCGCAUAUAGUCGGCCUUAACAACAACCAAUUCCAAGUCAACCGUGCUCGGCGAUACGCUGAAAAAGCUGGUCUUUCCAACCAGAUUACUUUCGUCAAGGGCGAUUUCAUGAAACUCGCAGAACAAUUCGGCGAAAAUUCUUUCGAUGCUGUAUAUGCCAUUGAGGCUACUUGCCACGCACCCACGUGGGAGGGCGUCUAUGGUGAAAUUUUCAAGGUUCUCAAACCGGGCGGAGUUUUUGGUGUGUAUGAAUGGUGCAUGACCGAAACCUGGGAUCCGUCAAUUCCUUCUCACAAGGAACUUGCCCACCAAAUUGAAUUCGGCAACGGCAUUCCAGAAAUGCGGCCAUUGAGGCUCGCUCGUCAGGCCCUGAAAAAUGUGGGUUUCGAAGUUAAACAUGAAGAGGACCUCGCCGAGCGCCCAGACGAAGUACCAUGGUACUAUCCCCUCGAAGGUGACAUCUCGAAAGCACAAACUGCCUGGGAUUACUUCACAGUUUGGCGAAUGAGCUGGAGUGGCAAGCUUGUCACGCACACGGGUAUCCGACUCAUGGAGACAUUUGGUCUUUUGCCUAAAGGUACUUGGGAGGUGGGUGAAUCGCUCAAGGUUGCAGGGGAUGCACUGGUCAAGGGAGGGCAGGCCAAGCUGUUCACGCCCAUGUACUUGGCGAUCUGCCGCAAGCCCGCGCUAGCCAAUUGAUAUUCAUAGACCAUACUAUUAGCUGUUACGUUUGUGCUGUUCUUUAAUACUGCUUGAUUCGUGAGCACGGUAAAAUUGGGAACCUGAGAUUGUAAGCCUGGCUGUGAG